AUGACCCAAUCAUCCGCCUUCCUCUUUCCCAUCCGCGAGGCCUCCAACGACCGCAUCAAACUCAUCCCCUUCAACCCAGACCACCACACCCACACAUUCUUCAACCUCUCAUCCGCCCACCCAGAACUAUACACACACAUGCCCAUGGGGCCCUGGGACUCAGAAGAAGCCCUCAAAGCCGAGUUCUACUCAGAAUCUCAAACAUCACUCCUCUCAUUCUCAAAUCCCACCUCAUUCGCCUUCGCCAUAAUCGACCGAACUCGCCCACCAUCUAUUGAUGACCCCGAAGGCGAGCUCGCCGGUACUAUCAGUCUAGUCCGGACAUCAGAUACACAUCUCUGCACCGAAAUCGGCUUUAUUAUCAUUUUACCACCUUUCCAGCGUACGCACGUUGCAAAGAAUGCCGUCGGGCUGGCUUUGCAUUAUAGUCUAGAGGCCUCUGAGAAAGGUGGUCUUGGUUUGCGCAGAGUUCAUUGGCGAGCUAGUACGAUGAAUUUUGCGAGCGCGAGGCUUGCGGAGAAGAUGGGGUUUGAAAGAGUUGGCGUUGUGCCUUGGCAUAUGAGGUUUGUGAAGGGGAGGAUUAGGGCGAAGACUGGGAAUGGGAAGGAUUUACCUCCAGGGAGUGAUCUGGAUGACCUAUGGAGGGAUACUAUUGAUUACAGUCUUUCGUGGGAACGGUGGGAGAAUUUCGCCAGGGAAGAGACUCGAAAACAGAUAGCAUUAUGA